UUAUGUAUGAAGUGAGCUCGCCGAAAGGACGGAUCAUGGAUCAGACCCAUUAUAACAUGUCUGCUACAUGUGUACCAAGCAGGAGGAAAAUGUCAAAACCAAAACUAAACCCCCAAACACCAGAUGUCAUAAAAGAUUUGGGAAGAGAGGCUGAAGGUAGUGGAACGAAACCAUCCAAAAAUGAGGGGACAAGCUCUCAGAAAAUAAAGAGAACUUACACCAGAAAAAAGUACCAUGACCUCCAGCCUGUGAUUAUGAGACCAACAGAGGAUUUCGAUCAUGGGUCAUCUUGCAGUUCAGUUAUCACAGUUAGUGGUUUGGAAAGCCAUCACAUGCUCACUGACCACACCAGCGUAGUGAUGGGGAAAACUGAUGGAUCCAGUUCAGACACUUUAAUAGAGACAGAUUUUAAAUUGAAGAAGAAGCAGAAGAUGGAGAAAACUGACCAGCCCUCCUUAAAAAAGUGCAUUGAGGAAGUAAAGCAAACAGUACCUGUUAUAGUUCCUGUUGCUCAGUUCAGUCAGAGGAAUCGGAUAACUGACAGUCACAGCAUGCAGGAGCAGAAAUCAUCUCAGCACACCAAGAAGGAGUCACCUGUUUAUCCACCAGGAAGUCAGGAGGAAAAAUGGCAGCUUCAGAUCUUGGCAAAGGGUAGAGUAAGCUGCCCAAAAUGCAAAAGUGUUGGAAGAAAGACAGUGGAUGGUUUAAAGAAGCACCUGGAAACCUGCAAGUUGAAUCCUUUUACAUGUCCAGACUGUGGGAAACAACUGAGAACUUCAACUGGAAUGAAGUACCACCUCAUGGCUGACCACAACAACUUGUCCAUUCCAGAUACCGGGAAUGACCUAAUUGACCAAGCAGUGAAGGAAAAAUUGCGGAAAGUACUAAAGAGGAUGGGCAAAUUAAAAUGUUCAAAAGAGGGUUGCACUGGAACGUUCACUAGUAUAAUGGGUUAUGUGUACCACAUGAAGAAAUGCGGCAAGGAGCCGUCAGAGCUGGAGAAGCUCUUAAUGAACUGCAAACACUGCGGAAAAGCGUAUCGUUCCAGAGCAGGCCUGAAGUACCACCUCAAGAAUGAGCACAGUCUGACGACCCAAGAAAGUGAAAUAGAGGAGGUGAAGACACAGAAAGAGCCCAUCCCAGAGCGAACACUGAGCGGACGCACCAAGCGCUUGUCGGCGCAGGUGGCCGUGUUCCACUUGAAAGAGAUCGCCAGUGAGGAGCUGGUGAAGGAAUGGCCCAAAAGGAAAGUGCAGCGUGACCUGGUACCAGACGACAGGAAGCUGAAGUAUUCUCGUCCAGGGUUGCCGGUUUUUAGCCAGGAGACUCUACGGAAGUGGAAGAAUGAAGUCAAACUGCAUAAAAAAGUGCAAUGUCCAAACAAGGGAUGUAACUGCUUCUAUACCAGCGUAUCUGGCCUAAAGGCUCAUCUUGGGCUAUGUACCUUGGGAGAAUUUGAAACUGGGAAAUUUAAAUGCUUGAUAUGUAAGAAAGAAUUCAACUCUGAAAGUGGAGUCAAGUACCACAUUAAUUCCAUUCAUUCUCAGGACUGGUUUGUUGUUCGGUCCAAAUCUAAGAGUUCAAAGUUUGAUAAACUGCAUAAGACUCGUCCAAAGGAAGAUUCCAUGAGGUGUCCAGACCUUCCCUCACCAAACCCAUUGCACCAUCUCAGCAAAACUGUUGCGUGA